AUGGCUGAGGAAUUGAAGAAAUUAAUAGAAAUACGCGGAGGCCAUCGAGCCAGUCUUACGAAAACAUUAGCUGUAACAGAGGAACUCUUAACGCAAUCUACGGAAAUAUUUGAAGAAACACAGGCAAGUGACUUUGAAAUAAAACUUACCCAACAACGUGUGAUUUUGGGCGAGAAAUUACCACUUCUAAAGAGUUUUGACGACAAGAUUAUUCUGUUGGUUGAGGACGGAAAUAUUGAGGAUGAGGUUGCCAGUGCUGAUGACAUACGUCAAGCUAUUCAAAGGGCAAUUGUUCACAUUGAUUUAAUUUUGGAAAAACUGAAGAAAAAAUGGAAUAAAGACAGUGGAUCUUCACCAUCGAAUCUGGAAAGUUCUCUGUCGCAAGCAACAGUACCACCCACAUCUAACAGUACGGUAAGAUUACCAAAAUUAGAACUAAAACAUUUUAAUGGGAACAUAAUGGAGUGGACUCCAUUUUGGGAUUCAUAUUCUUCUUCCAUUCAUGAAAAUCCUAAUUUAUCUGGUAUAGAUAAAUUCAAUUAUUUGCAUAGUCUGUUGGAAAAAUCUGCUGCUGAAGCAAUAUCGGGUUUAAAAAUAACUUCAGCAAACUACCAAGAGGCAAUAGAUAUCUUAGACAAAAGAUUUGGUAAUCAGCAACAAAUUGUCAAUGCCCACAUGAAUGCUUUAUUAAACCUGCCCAAGGUGACUAAUGUAGACGACUUAAAGGCUCUCAGGCAAUUACAUGAUAAAGUAGAGAGCCAUAUGAGGGGAUUGAAAUCACUUGAAGUUGACUCUGGUUCAUAUGGUAGUCUGUUAACACCUAUUUUAAUUGAUAAGUUGCCUAAAGAGCUGCGUUUAGAAGCUACAAAGCAGCUCAAAGAAGAUUGGGAUCUAGAUGAACUGAUCAAAAUCUUUAGGGGAACUGGAGGCUCGAGAGAGGGCAAGUCUCUUACCCGGCAGUUCAAGGGAUCCCCCAUCUAAGCCACCGUAUAAACCUAAGAUCCCAUCUGCAUCAUCUUUGUUCACUACUGGAGGAAGUCCAACAUGCACCUACUGUCAACAACCCCACCCUUCAAAUAGCUGUAGUACCGUGACUGACAGAAAUGAGAGAAAGGAAUUUUUGAAACGGUCUGGAAGAUGUUAUAUAUGCCUUAGAAAGAAUCAUGUUGCCAGAGAGUGCACAUCUAAAAUAAAAUGUUUUAAAUGUGAUAAGCGUCAUCACAUUAGUAUCUGUCCAUCCAAUUCUAAGGUGAAACCUAACCCACCAGAACAAGAAGCAUCCCACCAACCAACCCCCUCUGAAGAACACCCACGCAUGCAACCCCAAGGUCACCAACCCACAAACCAAAGUAGAGAACAACCUCAGAACACCCAUGUCAAUAUGUUUGUCGAUGCACUGUCCUCGAUUCUUUUACAAACCGCAAGAGCUCCCAUUUACAACCCAAAGGAUCCUAGUAAGACGUUGCAGGCAAGACUUAUAUUUGACAGUGGAAGCCAAAUAUCAUACAUAACUUCCACAAUAAGAGACAAGCUGAAUCUCCCUAUA